AUGGGGGUUCCUCCAUGUGGAGUUACAACAGAACGGCAGUUAAAACGGAUAAGCCAAUUUUGCAGAAAGGGGGAAGAGCCAAGUGGUGAAAAUGUGAAAAAUGUGAAUUACGUGGGAGGUACACAAAAGGGUCUUCUACCACAGUCCACCCAGGGAAGAAACUCAUAUGGGAGCAGCGCCAUGCUGACGAGGAAGCCUACUGGAGAGCUCGUUAACCCUUAUGAACCCUCUACGUAUGGCAAAAAAAAGGAAGCCAUAUACUCAGAAAGUGGUGAUAUAAUCCCUAAUCAAGGAACGGAUAUCGGAAAGGAGAAACAAAAGCAAAAUGGCUCACAUGAUGAAAAUUUCAUUUUUAGGGAAAAGAGUCAUAAAAGGUUCGUAAACCAUGAGGACAACAUAACCCUUUUGGUGAGCAUUUUUAUAUGUAUAAAUAAUUUAAUUAACAAUUUUGACGUGAUCACGGCGCAUCGGAUAGUAGACAAGUUUUCCAUUUUGAGCAUAUACAAGAAAAUAAAGAAGGGUGAAAGGAUGAUGCUAAAAAAAGGCGCACCCUGGAAAGAGUCAUUUCGACAAAACGCAAAAAAGGGCAUCAACACGCGUAGAAGUAACCUAAAUUGCGAUACCAAACGAGAGAAGGGAAACACAAAUAUACACAGGGGAGAGGUUUCAACGUGGAUGGAACAGCGAUCCAUUUUUGACGCAUGUCUAAGUGAUCGAAACGAUGAGAAGUGGCCUUCCCCUUAUGACCCUUUUAGAAAAAUAAGAAAUUAUUCCUUCUUUAAUAAAAACGAAAUUGAUGUGAAAAAAAAUCUGGAAACAAAAUUAAACAUGAAAAAUGACAAGUCCCAUCUGCACAUUGUCGAUAUAUAUAAGUACAUUCACUACAAUUCGGUUUAUGCCCUCGUUAUAUAUUACUGUUUGUGUAAUGGCCCCCAAUCGGGGGGAGAUCUAACGAAAUUAUUAUCCCCCAAGAAGGGAAAAAGAACUUCCAACCGGUUGGAACACCUGUUUGAAAGAGCCAAAAAAAAAUGCAGUUGUGAUAUCUAUGCAUUUAUUCUGAGGGCGGAAUUAUUACUUACAGUUAAAAGCCGAAUAUGUGGAAUGAGUGGGCUUAUAGCAAGACCGGUGUUGCAUCAAUCAAAUUGGGACCCCAUCCUGUUAACACUAUACUUUUACCUUCUAAAGAAUUCAGUUAGCCUAAAUGGAACGAAGGCGUUCGAUGCAUCCAUCGGAUUGAAAUUCACGUACUUGUUUAAAAUCAAAAUGAAUACCCUUGCUACAAAUUUACUGAUUUAUCAUAACUUUAUUUUACUCCUUUUAAGUAGUUUCCAAAAGUACAGUUUGCGCAAACGUCUAGAUAAAAGCUGCGACACUGGCAGUGGUAAUAUGGCUAUGUCUCUGCAGAGGUGCACCCGGGGGAGGAAAAAAGAAAAGAGGGGGCACUUAACAGGGCACUCACAUUUGCAGAAUGGCGUCGCCAAGAAUGACACUGCCAAGAAUGACACUACCAAGAAUGACACCGCGAAGAAUGACACUGCCAAGAAUGAUACUACCAAGAAUGACACCGCGAAGAGACGAUGCGCGGAUAGAAUUUUCCUUUACCACGAAUGCUCCCACGAGUUCUUCAGUGAGUACACAAAUUUGAUAUUGACCAAUUCGUGCAACUGGCUAUGUGGGAGGUGCUACUUUAGGAGCCUGCUGGAUGUCUACUUCUACCUGCUGCGUGUGAUGAUAAGGAAUGGGCGCAAAGGGGAAGGGACACAGAGUAGGAAGAAACGAGGAUUCUACUACCGCCAGGGAGAUAUUCGCAAACUCAUGGGAGGUAUCAAAAAAGGAGAGCCCAAUUUUGCCAACAUGUUAUGUUCCAACCUAAUUAGCUUCUACCGAAAGCAUUGCAUAGUCUUACCCGCAGAAGUAGAAGUAGAGGUGCUUAUCUUUUUAUACAAACUAGCGUGCAAAUUCACAUCCGAGCGGCACAUCACUUACAUUACGAAUUUGAUCAAAAUGAGAAGGCACACUUAUGUAAGAAGAAAAAAAUGGCACCUUAUUUUUCGACUUUUGGUAAACAUAAACGAGUAUGACAAAUUAGACUUCCUUUUUAAACUACUCUUUAAAGAUAUGUCCAUUUUUGAUUUUUUAAAGUAUAACAGAAAUAUGUUUCUGUCGCUGAAUGUGUACAAUUUCAAUUGCGACCUUAGCGUUUCUCUCAAUAGCAGCUGUUUAUUGUACAACCAAGCAUUGUGCAAGCUAGGUCCCCCGCGUGACGGGGUAAACGAGUAUUACCUUGCAGAGCGGCAGCCUGGGGGAAGUGUACCAGGGAGUGCCACCCAAAGGGUAGAUAACCACUCGGGUGAUGAUGCGGCUCCAAAUAGAGGCACCAUUCGGAGACGCAAAAAUGCUCAGGCGAAUGUGAGCAGCGGCGGUAGCAGCGCCAAUAAUCGCGCCAAUAAUCACGCCAGUAAUCACGUCAGUAAUCACCCUCUGCAACGCGGUGGAAAAAUUAAAAAUGAAAAAGUUUUGCACCUACUGAAUGCCGUGCACGAUUUGUACAGAAAAGAAAAACAGGAGAAAAACAGGGCAGAGCAAAACCAAGUAAACAUUUCGUACAAUUUUAAAGGAUUAAAAUUUUCAGAUUUAAUCAAUUUUUACGAAGAGAAUUACGUCAAAACAUUUGAAAAGAGAAAGAUGAUCCCCUCCGCUUCUCCCUUUAUAUUUUAUGAUGACCAUUUGUUUGUCUACAUAUUGUCCUUCUACGUGGUGCACUACUGCAAAGAGUUUUCUAAAUGCGACAUGGAAAUAUUAGCACGGGUUUAUAAACAAGUGGGACUGAAGCAUGAGCUGUACGAACUGCUAAAUCGGGAAGCGAACAGCUGUGUGCAAAGUUUACAGGGAGAUAAAGACGUGUUUGACCUAUUGCACGUUCGUACAAUAAUCGUUUGCAUAAACCUGCUACACCAUUGCGCUCUCAUAUUACUAGAAAUGGACAAUUUAUAUGAGUACCACACGAACUUGAACGAUAUUUACCUCCUAAUUUUGCAGCUCAAAUAUGUAUAUUUGCACAAUAAGCUACAUUUACAACAAGGAAAAAGCAGCAAUUUUUUAGCUUAUUUCGACAAAUGCAUUGUUUUCAACAAUUUGGGGCGUAAAAAAUUGUACGAAAAGAGCUUUGAAAAGAUGUUUGACCACGUCGUGCAGGAGAACAUUCCGAUUGGCAACUACAAAAUAAACUUCCUCAAUUUAGGUCUUGAAGAUUUUAUUUCGUUGGUGGAGCAACACCCUGUGUUUUACGAGACGCUGAUUUUGUUGAAGGCGUACGAAAAAAAUUACGACGAUCUGGUGUACGCCUUUAUCCCCAAAAUUUUAUACAUUCAGGUUAUCCUUCACGGCAAUAAAAAAUAUUUAAGGGACUACUGCUCCUACAGUUGCGUCGACAACAACACCAUAAAAUAUGUGGCUAAGUUGUUUCAAAUUAAUAGCAUUCACUUAAAAUUACAUAAAAAUUUCCCAACCGAAAAGUAUAAGUAUUUGAAUGCCAAGAACGACGUGCUGACUUUUGAUUUUUCUCGGUACAUUUUAUCCGCCAUAAAUAUACAACCCACUCGAGCGGGGGAAAAAGGAACAAUCUGGGAUUACGCCCAUCACGUACGUUCGCUGAAGCACGUGCUGGGCCAAACAAGCAAUAUCGAUUUGAAAAUGAAGGUUUGCAAAAGGCUCGGACCCGACUUUGAUGACUUGUUUUGUGAAUGCAGGAACAUUUUGAACUUAACAAUGAACUAG